UUACGGCGCUAGGGUUUCUCCGGCGCUUCAGGCCUCAGGAGUAGAAGAAAGAACAUUCCGUCGAUUCUAAAUCGAGAGAACUAAUCCCCCAUUGAUUAAUUCUGUACCACACCCAGCCGCCAUGGACCUGCAAAUCGACCACUACAAGGUUUUGGGGCUGCCGUCAGGAGAAGAAGGAAUCAGGCUCACCGAGACGGAAAUCUCCAGAGCGUUCAAACAGAAGGCCCUACAAUUGCACCCCGACAAGAACCCCGACGAUCCGCACGCGAAACAGAGCUUCCAGAAUCUGCAAUUCUCGUACGGGAUCCUGAAAGACGGCAGGUCUCGCGAGCUGUACGACAAUCAAAUUCGGGCCAGGACGAAUCAGCAGCAGCAGCAGGAAGAGGUCCGCCGCCGGGCUCGAGAGGAGGAGAUCGAGCGGGAGUGCGAGCGGAUGAGGAGGAUGAUGAUGGAGGAAGAAGAGGAAGAAGCUCGCCGCCGCCGAGCUGAACAGGUUGAAUCGGAGCGGAGAAGAAGUUGGAUGGAGGGGAAAGAAGUGGAUAAGCAGCAGCAAGAAGCACGCCGCCGCGGAGCUGAACAGGGGAAAUCAGAGCGGAGUCGUUGUUGGGUGAAUGGGAAAGAAGUGGACAAUUACCUCCGGCAACAGCAGCAAGAGGCCCGCCGCCGGGCUCGAGAUGAGGAGCUCGAGCAGGUGUGCGAACGAUUGAGGAGGAGGAUACGAGCGAGGAGGAGGAUGAUGGUGGAGGAAGAAGCUUGCCGCCGAGCUGAACAGGGGAGAUCAGAGCGGAGAAGCUGGAUGGAGGAGAAAGAAGGGCCGCGGCGAGCUGAAGAGGAGGCACAGGGGAGGGGGAGGAGGAUGAAUGCGGAGGAAGAAGCCCUGCGCCGAUCUCGACAGGAUCUGGAGUCGUCCGACGGCGGACUUGAUGAGCUACUUGCGCGGCUGCGAGGGCUGAAUGUGCGCGGCGGCGGAGGAAAGGAGGCGAUGUAGUCCCCGGAGAUUUCGGAUACUUUUUGAAAUAUUUUCUAGUGCAUAAGCAGGAGUAUUAAGUAUAGUGUCAUUCCAAUUCAAUUCUCAAUGGAUUUCAAAUUUGUGUUGAAUUAAUUAGCAAGAAAAUCUGGCACUGAAUUUGGAUCUUUGGUAAGAAAAAACAUUUGGGUUAUCUUAUUCCUCAACUGAUCUCUAUUGUGUUUAGUAACUUUUUUAUUUUUUUAUUAAUGAUAACGAGUGUUGAUGGGUCGAUUUUCCUAUAUAUUUAUAUUGAUAUUUCUUUCGGAGUUAUUAUAACAUCUUAUUCACUUAUUAUGAAGUUCAUUUAUGUUAUUUGGUGAUAAUUCAUGUAAUAGUUGUGAAUAUUAACUUAGAUGGAAACCCAAAGUGUUUCUUUGACAUAUUUUAAAAUUCAAAAUGAAUUUUACAAUGUGGUGAGUAAUAAAUAAUAACAUACGUGAAUAAACACAAGAUUACAUGAAUCAACAUUACGGUUUGUUUAAAUAACGAGCACUAUUGCGUGAAUAAACGCCAAUGUUUCAU